GCGGUCCUCCCCAGUGCGGCCGCUCGGCGGGCCGGGGUCCCCUCGGGGCCCCGCCGCGCCCGCCCCGCGGUCUCCCCGCCGUCCCCUCCCCCCGGGAGGGAGGAGGAGACUCGGCGGCCGCCGUCGCCGCGGCCAGCCCCGAGCCCACUCCGCCCAGGCCGGCGGCUCGCACGUCCGGAGGGCGCCGCUUCCCGCCUCGAGGUCCGAAGAAGCGCUCUCCACCCCGAGGCCUGGACAGCAGUGGGUCGCUGAGGCCAUCAUGUGCAGUGCUGUCGUAUCUGCCACGUGUCCCCCACGCCAACCCUGAGCCCUGGUCACGCGUUGGAGCCCAGGGCCCUCCCCACCGCAAUGAGCCAUGGGCCAAGCCCCCGGCUGGCUGAGUCCCCACAGCUGUCCAAGGGCAGCCUCCUGACCAUCCUGGGCAGCCCGUCGCCAGAACGCAUGGGGCCUGCGGACUCGCUGCCUCCCACGCCGUCCAGUGGCACGCCCUCGCCAGGCCCACCACCCACGCUGGCCCUGCCGCCGCCGAGCGCACUGCUGGCCGAUGGCGACUGGGAGAGUCGCGAAGAGCUGCGGCUGCGGGAGCUGGAGGAGGCGCGAGCUCGAGCGGCGCAGAUGGAAAAAACCAUGCGCUGGUGGUCGGACUGCACGGCCAAUUGGCGCGAGAAGUGGAGCAAGGUGCGCGCCGAGCGCAACCGUGCGCGCGAGGAGGUGCGCCAGCUGCGUCAGCGCCUAGACGCGCUCACUAAGGAGCUGGCGGGCGCGCGGCGCGAGCGCCACGAGGCGCAGGGCGAGUGUGAGGCGCGCGGCCGCGAGCUGGCCCGUCUGCGCGGCGGCAAGGGAGGCGACAAGACGCGCGGGGAUGAGCCAGAGCCGGAACAAGAGCCGGUGCGCGAUGUCGGGUGCGAGAGACCUUCCGCGGCCAGCAGCCAGGAGCUGGAACUGAUGGAGAGCCUGCUGAAGAGCAGGGCGGAGGAGCCCGAGGGCUGCUGGGAAGCCCGCAGCGUGAACACUGGGGGCACCCGAAGCAACUCCAGCCGCCAGGAGCGCAGCCGGCUGCCCUGGGAGGACACAGUCAGCACCGAGGAGGAUGCCUCCAAGCUGACCGCCCUCAGGCUGAGGCUCGAUGAGUCCCAGAAAGUGCUGCUCAAGGAGCGCGAGGAUAAACUGGCCCUGAGCAGGAACAUCGAAAAGCUGGAGGGGGAGCUCAGCCAGUGGAAGAUCAAGUACGAAGAGCUGAGCAAGACCAAGCAGGAGAUGCUCAAGCAGCUCAACAUCCUGAAGGAAACUCACCAAGAUGAGCUGGGCCGCAUGUCCGAAGACCUGGAGGACGAGCUGGGAGCGCGGUCGAACAUGGACAGGAAGAUGGCAGAGCUGCGGGGUGAGAUGGAGAGGCUGCAGGCAGAGAAUGCGGCUGAGUGGGGCCGCAGGGAGAGGCUGGAGACUGACCGGCUGGGCCUCGAGCGGGAGAACAAGAAGCUGCGGGCCCAGGUCGGGGACCUGGAGGAGGCACUGGCAAGGCGGCGGCGGCAGACAGCCAGUGCGCUGGAUUGCGACCUGCGGGCCAGCCAGGCUGCGCUCUUCGAAAAGAACAAGGAGCUGGCUGACCUCAAGCACGUGCACGGCAAACUGAAGAAGCAGCUGCAGGAGAAGGUGGCUGAGCUGGCGCAUGCCAACCGGCGUGUGGAGCAGCAUGAGGCCGAGGUGAAGAAGCUGCGACUGCGAGUGGAGGAGCUCAAGAAGGAGCUGGCCCAGGCGGAGGAUGAGUUGGAUGAGGCCCACAACCAAGCACGGAAGCUGCAACGGUCGCUGGAUGAGCAGACAGAGCAGAGCGAGAAUCUGCAAGUGCAGCUGGAACACCUGCAGUCCAGGCUCCGCCGGCAGCAGCAGACAGCACCCCUCUUUGGGAAGAUCCGUGGGGCUCGCUUUGGCACGGAGGAGGCCGGAGACGGAGCCAGUGACCUGGAUGAGGAUGAGGACCUGCAAAUCCAGGUGGCCUAGAGCAGGACUGGUCCCAAGCUGCAGGCCCCCCAACAGCCCUGGCUCACCAACCACUCAGACUGACAGAGCUACAGGUGCUGGGCCGGGACCCACCCCUGCUCUCCGCCCCUGCAGCUGGCAGCAGCUGACCCCACCCACUGCCACCCUGGUUUUGACCUGUGUGUCAUGUGCAGUACUCUGCCUGUGCCCA